AUGGUUUGCGAUGGUAUGGCAGAAACCACAAUUACUGAGUUUCCUGGUCGGAUUUCUUGGAAAAGUGCCCUCUUCCUGAAGAAAAUUGUUAAGAAGUUCGAAGAUAUGGAUCUUUUGGAGAGGGUUUACAAUACCCAGUUCAGAUCAUUAUUCACAGCCCCAGUUUUGCAGUUCUCAGGAACAAUAGAGUAUGCGUUGGUUACAGGCCUGUACUUCGGAAGUUUUCCUGAGUUGAACGAAGAGGAAUUCCGAGACGAGGAAACUUUCCUCCGAUAUCCAUGGGGGAAGGCCACCUUUAGAGCCACCUUCAAGGGUUUAAAUAAGAACAUGAAACAUCUGAGUCUCUCAUAUUAUUCGAAGAAGGAGAAGACUGAUGAUCCUUAUGCUCCUUUUGCAUAUAACAUUUAUGGGUUCGCACUGGCACUUCAAGUGUGGACGUAUGAGGUCAUCCAAAGUUUUGUCCCUAAAUUCUUCAGAAAAAAUCAGAUUAAUGACCCUCUACGUACGCCCAAGGUUGUUACGCCCAAGGUCGAGGGAUUUACUGAAGGGAAGGUAAUCAAAGAGGAUUUUGAUGAAGAUGAAAGUGAACAUGAAGAAUGUACUCCCCCCAAACCUGCCUCCAGGAAGAGAAAGGCUGAAGGUACUCUCAAAGAAGCAGUCAACUUGAAACGGAAGCUUGCUUAUGUAUCGAGUCCGACCCGCAUUCCUACUCCCCCCAGUACGACUUCAAGUCCUUGGACACCUUCUGUUGGUGUUGGAUGUAAAUGUGAAGAGCUGAAGGAGGAGGUGAAAGAGCUGAAAAUAGAGUUAAAGGAGGAGCUGAAAGUGAAGGAUCCUGAAGAAUUCAAGGAGGAGAAGAGAAAGGUUGACCAGAAUGUGGAGAAGAAUGAUGAUCCUAAGGAUGUGAAUGUCGAAGAAUUCGAGGAGGAGGAGAGCAAGAUUGACCAGAAUGUGGAGGAGAAUGAGGUGAAGGAUGUGAAGGUCGAAGAAUUCGAGGAGGAGGAGAGCAAGGUUGACCAGAAUGUGGAGGAGAAUGAGGUUGUUGACCAGAAGGAGGAGAGCAAGGAUGAGAAGAUGGAUGUUGUGGAUGAUGAUGAGAAGAUGAAUGCUGUGGAGGAUGAUGAGAAGAUGGAUGAUGUGGAUGAUCUGAAAUUGAAGGUGAAGGAUCUGAAAGUGAAGGUGAAGGAUGAGGAGAGUGUGGAUGUGAAAGUGAAAAAAGGAAUUGAGAGUAAGAAGGUUGAAGAUGACAAUGAUGAUUUCAAGUUAUACAAUACUCCUCCUAAAGGAAAUUUUGGGAGGAGAGUGAGGAAGCCGAAAAAAGAUGAAUCGUAUACCAACCCUUCUUUGUCAAAACUGCCAAAGACAAAUGAUCCAAUGAAAAUCAAUCCCAUUCAAAAAUUUGAAGAUGAGCUGCUGGAUAAAGUAAAAGAUUGGUUGGAUGAUCCAAAAACCAAUGAUGUGAAAAAGGAUGUAGCGACUUGCGUAGUGGGGAAGGAUAUGUUUGUUAGAGUUCUAACAAGGUUGACAUGGCUUGAAGACACUGAAAUUGAUGCAUUCUGCUACCUUUUGCGAAAAAGGAUUGCAGAAUAUCCCAAGUCGUAUAAAAAGUCUAAAGUCGCAAUAGGGGACUGCGUUUUGGCAUAUAGAAUAAGGCGAGAGCAUAAGAAAUUUAGUAACGAUAGUGCAAAAUAUCCAGUCGAAGAAUUCAAAGACUAUUACAUGGGUGCACCGCAUAGAAAUAUGCCUGAAUGGUCAACAAUCGACAAUAUUUACUUGCCCGUCAAUAUAAACCAGAAGCAUUGGAUUAUGUGUGUUGCACGUCUUCAGAAGAAUCGAAUUGACGUGUAUGACUGCGAUGCUUAUCUUUAUAAGAACAUGGAUCCUUUUUAG